GUCGUCCACGUAACAAUAUGCUCCCAGUUUUCGCGAUCACGGUUCUCUGCAUCGCGACAUGGGCAUCCGCGCUGAACGAUCCGCUCUCAGAUUUACCCAGGUUCGGCACACCGUUGAACAACCUGACGGUCUCUGUGGGUCGCGAAGCUGUUUUCACCUGCAUUGUGGAAAAUCUUGGCCCGUACAAGGUUGCGUGGCUGCGAGUGGACACACAAACGAUCCUCACGAUCGCUACUCACGUUAUCACGAAGAAUCACCGUAUCGCCGUCACACAUAGCGGUCAUCGUAGAUGGUGUCUUCAUAUCCGGGACACCAAAGAAACAGACAGAGGAUGGUAUAUGUGCCAAGUUAACACCGACCCCAUGUCCAGCAACACUGGAUUCCUCGAAGUAGUCGUACCACCGGAUAUCCUGGACGACUCCACCAGCACCGACAUGGAGGUACGAGAGGGCAGCAAUGUGACAUUACGAUGCGCCGCGACUGGUACCCCCAAACCGAAGGUCACGUGGCGGCGAGAAGUUGGUGGCACGAUCGCACAAUCGAAUUCACACGAAGUAGGCGAGGGCUCGGUGUUGAAGCUAACGCGCGUCACGCGUGCCCAUAUGGGACCGUAUCUGUGCAUAGCGUCGAAUGGUGUACCUCCAGCAGUCAGCAAGCGGAUUGUGCUCAAUGUUUACUUUCAGCCAAUGGUGUGGAUUGAAAACCAGUUAGUGGGCGCUUAUGAGGGCCAAACUCUCGUCCUGGAAUGUCACAGUGAGGCUUAUCCAACAGCGAUCACUUAUUGGACUAGGCCAUCCAACGAAACGAUCACAAAUGACAAUUAUAAAGUUGAAACAAUUCCAAAGGGGUACGAGAUAACCAUGAGGCUCACUAUAAAAUCCAUACAGCCCCAAGACUUCGGGUCGUACAGAUGCGUGGCAAAAAAUUCAUUGGGAGAAAUGGAUGGAAAAAUCAAACUUUACAGUGUUGCAGGACUCCAGAGCAAAGGGCUUAUCGCACUAUCGACGAAAUUCCUAGGACGUGGCGAAGCACAACAAUCCAGCUAUAUUAUGGAGUAAAGCUCUAUUUAUCUGGACUGAUCGAAAAACAUACAGUUCGUGUCUUCGAUUCGAUAGAAAAGUAAAAUAUCUUUAAAAUCUUUAAAAGUAAAAAUUGUAAAUUUAAAGAUAUUGCAAAAAUUAACUUUAAAAAUGAAAUAUUUACUAUAAUGGAAGUGUUAUAUGGCAUUUAUAAAAAUUAUAGUAUUUAACAAGAAUGGUAUUACACGAUAAUGCUUAAAUUCUUUUUUAGAAAUUUCGAAAUUUAGAUUAAUAGCUUGUGAAUUGUAACAGAGAAAAGAAUAUCCACAUUAUUAAAUAGUCGAGCAACUAAUAAUUUUCUUCAAAUCGACUUUCACAAAAAUUUACUUUUCCUAGCAGCGUCACUCUUUUAUCGAUUCGAGAAUAUAAGCAUUCAUUGAUUCUCCCCUGUAUGAACGCGAAGUAGAACCUCGAAGACAUUAACAGUAAUAGAAUCACUCAAUUAGAAGGCAAUUCCUUUUCUACCUCUGAUUAUAACAUGGUACAUAUUAUAAUAAAUGUAUUAUAAAAUAGACUCGAGAGUUUUUGGAUUAAGGAAUGAGUGAAAAAUAUCGUAAAGCAAAGUAACAGAAAAUAUGUAGUUACAAAUAUAUAGGCCGUGGCUGAAAGCAUUAUACAAAUGUAAAGAAGGCGAUUCUAUACGCAAACAUAAAUCAAAAGUUUAGAAUAAAAUGCUUCUAUCCGAGGCUUAGUUUUCAAGAACCAAGUUCUCCUAUGAACUUAUACAUACAUAUGUAGCUAAGAUACGGGUUGGUCGAGUGAAAUAUCUCCUGAUUUUAUACUUUCUGAUUUCUAUCUAUAGGUCAUGUUAAAGCUGUGGACCAUGGCAGAAACAUUAAAGAUCUCGAUAAUAAUGUAAAAUAUUAGUCAAAUUAAAGACGAACACAUUUAGAGCUUUAGAAAAACGUAACGUACUAGAGGCAUUAAUUCAUACAUCACAGUAGUUGGACACAAAUACUUAUACUGUAAGUAGGACAAUCAUUUCAAUAAUUCUUUCAUAAAAUAUAAAGUCUUAUCUCUCCCUGUUUCUUAUUUUUUAAAGUUGGUAAUUAUUAAAAAUCACGUGCCUAGUAUAAUUAGUGUUUGCAUCAUUUGUGGUACAUUUUUAUUUAAUAUAUCAGUAUAAAACGAUUCAACGAUAGAAGUUAAUUCUCGUUCUUAUUUGUAUGACAUCGGUAAAGCGAUUAAAGCCAUACAUUUGAAGAUAAUCCACAUCGAUAUUACUGAAGUAUGAAAAUACUCCGCCAAUAUUAAUCUAAACCAAACGAAGCACUCUAUAUAUAUAUAAAAAAAAAAAAGAAGAUUCAAUGCACCGUCAAUCAUUAAGCCACUAUCCCACUGAUUUCCAUUCCAUUCUCGCAUCCGAAUCUGUAACCACACCAUAUACUCAAAACUGUCAAACCUACCUCACGCUACAACUGUCCGAUGAAAGAAAUUUCGUCGUCUGACCCGCGGUCGGUUAUUUCACAGUCGAACGCAUCGACUUUUUCGGCAGCUUUAACCACAGAGAUGACAGUGGAGCCGGGCUAUCGCUUUCCAGCUCCGUUUAAAGGAAUAAUUGGAAGAAGUGUAUUUUCGAAUAACGCGGGGCCAUGCUUGUGGAGGUUCCGCGCACGGAGAAAAUUAAUAUCGUCGCUGGGGCCACGGUGGACGUUUUCGACGAGGCGUGCAACUGACAAGUGCACUUCGGCUUUUACGGCACGCGACGUUCCAAUACGUGGUUCUUGUGCACAGUUCGUCGAUUAUUUUUCCCGGGUUAUUGCUCGAUAUCUGUGAAAAGCUGCUGGCGCUUUCACUGGUGGCACGUGGUCACGCGCGCGCGAUUUCACGUAAAGCGGCUUUCCACGGCGCACAAUUUGACGACCAUUAAAUCCUCCGGGCCAGACUUCGUGGCGCUGAUGAGAUUCCGCACGUUCAUCUUUAUUAAUGGACAGAUCGGCGAUAACGCGCGUUGCCAUCGCGCUGCGACUAUCCGUUACACGCACGAUGCGCUGUCCCGCUCGAUGGACAUCGAGCUGUAGAUUGGUUUAUUGAUUAAGUGAAUGGAUUCUCGGACACCAGUGAUUUAACCUCGCUUAGAUCGUGCUUUCGGUUUAUGGUGUUAAGUUGUUGCUAUAUGUACUAUGUAUACUGUGCUAGAUCUUGGCGUUAUAGGCGAGCACUUCGGUUUCGAUUUGGGCAUCGUUUGCGUUUCGGUAUAACGUUUAUUGGUAUCCUCAGUUGAGUCAUGUACCUUUUCAUUGAAUUAUUUGAGCAAACAGUGAUUAACGGUAAUGUUCAGUUGAGUCGUAUACAUACGUGUUUUAUUAUUUAUUCAAGAAGUGUUUGCUUAGUUAUAAUAGGGUAAUAGGAUAAUAAAUAUAAAUAAAUGGAAAAGUAGAAUGAGUUUCUGUUGUCGGUUUUAUGUUGAUAAUUUGUUGAUAAUUCUGUGUUGAGUUGUGUACGUAUUAUAAUGUCAUUAUAAUGUAUGCAAUUAUGAUGUCAAAUUAUUCUUUAACAUGUAAUGUUGACACUGACGCAUUGAUCUGACUGUUUAAUCAAAUUUUAUAUUUUAUUAAUGAAUUUCUAAAAAUUAUUUUAAGUGUUUCCAUUUAAGAUAAACAUUUAUGCUAUGCGAUUAAACUAAACAUCUCAUAGAUGCAGAAAGCAAAAUAAAAUUGUAAAAGGUGUGGGAAAGGAUAUUGAUUUGAGAUUAGUUCUCAGUAUCCUGUUUCGUGCGUUGGCAUAAUGUGAGUACUAAAGAUACUAUUUAAUGCCAUUACUUCGGUAUACGUAACAAUCACACCGAUGAAACGGAUUUCAAACGAGCUUAUCAAAUCAGUAGAUAUGAUGGAAGAUUACCGUAGACUGGCACAAUCAAAAGCGCUUAUCGAUAUACUGUGGUGGUGUAAUAGGAUUACGAUGCUACAUUGAUGUGAAACAUUCUUCCUUUGCCGACCUGUAUGAUAUGAAAUGCGCUCGAAGUAUUUCCUAGUGGUCUUUGUCGCAUCGUAACAAUGUACUUUUACCCGGUAGAUAAAACGAUGUAUUCGAAACCAAAGGCUUUAAUAAUUCAUCCCUAUGUGUAUUUCAAAUAACAAUUUUUUAUACUUUUUUUGUAUAUCAUUGUGAAACCAGUAAUUUUUAUUUCGAUAUACAGUAACUCACGAAAGUAUUUGAACACCUUUUACAGCAGAGUAACUUUCAUAAAUUGGAUCGGACGAUUUAAGUUUUCUUGAAAAGUUAGGUGGGUUAGUUUACUAGAUAAUGGUUAAAAAAAAUUUUGAAAAAAUUGGUCAGAAUCUACAAGAAAAUAGUAUAAGUCAAGUUUACAAUUUUUUUAGUUGAGCUUGUACUGAACAUUUAAAAAAUACAUUUUUGGAUUUAUGUCAGUUACAUACCUACAUACUGAAAAUGUCAUCGAAAUCGUUUAACGUUGCUAUAAGGUACAAACGAUUGAAAGUGGUGGAAAUCGCAAUUUUUCACAAGUUUGAGCCUAUAGCUAUAAUAAAUCUAAAGAUUCUUUCCUGCAUCAACCGAUUUCAAUGAAGCUUUCAGUAUGUAUAUAACUGACAUAAAUGUACAAAAUAUAUCUUUCAAAUUUUCAUUACAGACCCAGAUAAAAGAAUUGUAAAAUUGACUAUUGUUAUAUACUAUUUUCUUCGCGAUUCUGACUACUUUCAAGUUAUUCAAAAUUGUUUCUUUACAUCAUCUAGUAAAUUAAUUCGUUUAAUUUCUCAAUGAGUCUCUGUAUUCUAAUAUUUUGUUCAGUUCAUAUUGCAAUUAGUUAUUAAUAAUAAUCCUAUGCCGUAACAUCGCCUAUUUUCUAAAAUAUAAGGCACCUAUAAUGAAUAUUUCAGACGAGCAAAAUAUAUUUUUAAUAUAUUGUUAAUACGAUAAAUACGGUUAAUACAGUAAUUAAGCGAUUCUCGUUUUCCGUUAAAACAAUAGAAACAGAAUCAAUAUUCAAUUAAAUGUGUUACAACUUCUCAUCCUACGAACAAUUUGCUCUUGAACUUUUUAGCAAGUAGGUUACGUUUUAGUCCUUCGGUAAAGAAAUUUUAUUUUAUUCAUCAACCCGGUAAAUUGGACUUCGAAGAUCGUGAAAUUCCGUUGCAUUUCGUUCCACGGACAAAUAUUUGUCAUGGAAGCAGGUCUUUGCGAAUGCUGAUUUCUCUUCAGAAUUAAAUUUUAUUUAAAUUUCAUUUUGCCUUUUAUUUAAUACAUGCAAAUCUUAUUCUAACUAAGCUACUGAUUAAGUUGUAUAAUAUCUUAUUAUUUCCGAUUGCAGAAUCUAUGAAAUGAUUUAUCUAUGAAAUAAUUUAAAAAAAUAUUUUGUACAUAGAAGCUCUAUUUCUAUAUAUUUAUAGGUAAAGCAACUAACUUUUUCAUUAUUGGAAUUAUCUUAAAAUAUGAAAAAUAUAUAAAUAUACAUAUAAAUAAUUAGAAAAAUAUGACAAAAAUAAAGUGAAUGUACAAAAUUGCUAUUUACAAUUGAUCUGGUCAUUGUCUUGACUGUUUAUUUUAGUAACAUUUGUAUAUUCGAGGAAUUUAAAAUAGUAAGUUUAAGAACGUGAUAUAACUGUUUACAAUCCACUUGCUCCCAUAACAAUAUAAACUU